CCUUCGCCGGCAGCCUGGGGCGCGGCACCCGCCCAAGGCGGGGGCGUGGGGCAUAAGGUCGCCGCCCAGAGGGAGCUCAUCCGGCGGCGCAGACGCCCAGCGCCUCCGGGGAGGGACUUGGCCUGGGUUCUGGUCCUCGGCUUAUCGGGGAGGAGCCGAGAGGCUGCAGCUGGCGGCGGCCUGCCCCGAGUGGGCCGAGGUCCUGGGCGCGGCAGCCAGGCCGGGGAGCCCUUCUCGGCAGAACCCGCAGCGCGGGAUCAGCGCCGUCUGCUUUCCUCUCUGUCUUCUCUGGGCAAACCGCGGGAAGAAAGCGCCCUCUCUUUAGCGGGCCGGGAGCUGCAGAGCAUCGCGGGGCGCGGCCGAGGGGAGGAGAAAACAGAGGGAGCAGCGUAGGCCCGGGCUCGCGGGGCUGCGGCUCCGCCAAUCUGCGGGCGCUGACGCGGGGGGCGGCUCCGCGGCGCUCGGAUAUCUGACCGCCCGGGGAGAGGCUCGGCUGUGCGGGGGCUGCGCUCCGGAGACGGCCGGUGCACCUGCCCGGGGACUUCGCCGGACGCUCCGUGCGCCACCCCCCCGCUCCCGCCCCCUCCUCGGUCCCCGCGGCCCUGCGCCCUCAUUCCCCUCCAGGUCCCCGCCUGCGGGCCGCAGCGUGAGAGAACCGAGCCCUGCCCGAAGGAGCCGCCCCUUCUCCGCCCGGCCGGCUCGGCGCCUAGCGCGGCCCACGGAGCAGCGCAAGAGACUUCGCCGAGCCUCGGAUCGGAUUGCGCCGCGCGGUCGCCUCCACCCCCCACCCCAGGCCGCCGCGCCUUGGCCGAGAUGGGCCUAAGUGUCCGGCCCCUGCGCGCCUGAUGAGCGCGGCCGCGGCCCCGGAGACCCAAGCGGGCCGCUACGUGCGCGGGGCCUCCCCGAGCUGCGCCCCCAGCUUCGCGGACGAGGGCCGCUGGGCCCGGGCGGCUGAGGGCGCGGCCGCUCCGGAGAGGCGAGAGGGAGCGGCCCCGAAAUGGCCCGGCGAGCGGGCGCUUUGGCGGUGGGCGCCCUACGCGUGGGACAGCCCCGGGACGAGUAGCUGGCCGACGCCAGAUGGACCUUGAUCCGCGCCGCGGCACCGCGUUCGUGCCAAGCCAAGACUAGAAGGGCACGGGCGGAGCGCGCUCUGGGGGCGCCCGGAGUUCCAGGCCCCGCUCGCCCGCCGGGCCAUGAAGAUGAUCCUGGUGCGCAGAUUCCGCGUGCUCAUCCUGAUGGCGUUCCUGGUGGCCUGCGCGCUGCACAUCGUGCUGGAUCUGCUGCCCAAGCUGGAGCGGAGCGGAGCGCAGCCCUCGGGGGAACCCGGCUGCUCCUGCGCGCAGCCCGCGGCCGAGGCGGCGGCACCCGGCUGGGCCCAGGCGCGCGGACGCCCGGGGGAGCCCCCGGCAGCAGCCUCCGCCGCCGGCGACGCGGGCUGGCCCAACAAGCACACACUGCGCAUCCUGCAGGACUUCAGCUCCGACCCUUCCUCCAACCUCACGUCCCACUCGCUUGAGAAACUGCCACCCGCAGCCGAACCGGUCGAGGGCGCCUUGCCGGGGCAGGAUCCCGGCGCCCUGCGACCCUUAGACCCCGGUCACCGGCCGCUGCUCAGAGGCCACGGGACGCGUGGACCUGUGCCGCCCCCCGGCCCGAGCGCGGACGGCUCCCUCCUGGCCAGGCUGUUCCAGCACCCACUGUACCAGGCAGCCAUUCCGCCGCUAACGGAGGACGAUGUCCUCUUCAACGUGAACAGCGACAUCAGGUUCAACCCCAAGGCGGCGGCGGCGGCGGCGGCGGCGGAGAACCCAGACUGGCCACACGAAGGUCCUGAGGAUGAAUUCCUACCCACAGGGGACACGGCCGUGGACUCCUAUCCCAACUGGCUCAAAUUCCACAUCGGCAUCAACCGCUAUGAGUUGUACUCUCGACACAACCCAGCUGUGGAGGCCCUGCUGCGUGACCUCGGCGCCCAGAAGAUCACCAGUGUUGCCAUGAAGUCGGGGGGCACACAACUCAAGCUCAUCAUGACCUUCCAGAACUACGGGCAAGCACUGUUCAAACCCAUGAAGCAAAUGAGGGAGCAGGAGACACCCCCUGACUUCUUCUAUUUCUCCGAUUACGAGAGGCACAAUGCAGAGAUCGCUGCCUUCCACCUGGACAGGAUCCUGGACUUCCGCCGGGUCCCUCCCGUGGCUGGUAGGAUGGUCAACAUGACCAAGGAGAUCCGGGACGUCACGCGGGACAAGAAGCUGUGGAGAACCUUCUUCAUUUCCCCAGCCAACAACAUCUGCUUCUACGGGGAGUGCUCUUACUACUGCUCCACGGAGCACGCCCUGUGCGGGCGGCCAGACCAGAUCGAGGGCUCGCUGGCCGCCUUUCUGCCUGACCUGGCCCUGGCCAAGAGGAAGACCUGGCGGAACCCCUGGCGACGCUCAUACCACAAGCGCAAGAAGGCAGAGUGGGAAGUAGACCCUGACUACUGCGAGGAGGUGAAGCAGACGCCCCCCUACGACAGCAGCCACCGCAUCCUGGACGUCAUGGACAUGACCAUCUUCGACUUCCUCAUGGGAAACAUGGACCGCCAUCACUACGAGACCUUCGAGAAGUUUGGGAACAAAACGUUUAUCAUCCACUUGGACAAUGGGAGAGGGUUUGGAAAAUACUCCCACGACGAGCUUUCCAUCCUGGUGCCUUUACAGCAGUGCUGCAGGAUCAGGAGGUCCACGUACCUGCGGCUGCAGCUCCUGGCUAAGGAGGAGUACAAGCUGAGUCUGCUGAUGGCUGAGUCCCUGCGUAGGGACCGCGUGGCCCCCGUCCUGUACCGGCCGCACCUGGAGGCUCUGGACCGGCGGCUGCGCGUCGUGCUGCAGGCGGUCAGGGACUGCGUGGAGAAGAACGGGCUGCCCGGUGUCGUGGAGGACGACCUCAGCCCCGAGCACAGAGCCUCUGCUGGGAGGUAGUGACCGCGAGCCGUGGCCAGGCCAGCUGCCGGGGCACACGGGCCAACGCAGGAGCGGACGGGCUGCCCGGGGACGCGUGUCCUCACUUUCCAGACCAGGGCGGGCCGGCGGGAGCGCACUCCGCCCCCGUGGACAGAGGCGGCCUGGCGGCGGCCCACCACCCUUUUGUAUGGAAAGGAAGCCUUUACUUACUAUUUUGUAUUUAUACCUGGUGUAAAUGUACAUAAAUAGAGACAUCUAUGCAGACCCCGACCACCCAGCAAGUCACACGGAGGGCCACCCGGCAGGGCCAAGUGCCCCUGCGAAGGGCUCCCCCUCUGGACCGAACGUACAGUAAAAACUCUCCUCCCUGCCUGGGGCUGAGGUGUCUGGGGCUGCAGGAGGCUCCUGAGGCUGUCACGGACUCCCGUCAACAGAUGAACACCGUGUAGCUUUCGGGCGACGUGAAGGACCAGUCAUUACCUGGCUGCCCAGGCUGCCUCGGGGCACCUUCUGACUUGCUUCGGAAGCCUGUGCACGUGUGUGACACAGUCAUGUGGCCGGGCAGCUGGUUACUUUCACGGCAUCUUCGUGGAAGAGUUUGCAAUGUGGUAAAGGUGCAAUAAAGAUUCAGCAAGUGUGUGCUGGG